CGUCAUUUACUUUUAAAUAUAUAAAGAAGAGUUAAAAAGUUAUUUCGAGGGUUUCGCGGAUCUACCGAACUUGUCUAUCUGUUCUUCCUCUGCCUCCUUAGCCCACACAGAGAAGAAGAAGAGGACGUUGGAGAAUCACACAAGCUUAACCCUUUUUCGUUUUCCCUCUCCUCUCUCCCGGUUUGGAAUAAAUUUUUGAAAAUUUGGUGAAAUUUGCUAUCUUCUGGUACCUGAGGCUGCGUAGCUAAAGUGAAGCAGAGCGAGUACAAUUUGAUCAUCGUUGUAAUGGGAGCACAAGAAGUUCUGAGUAUUCCUUUCUGCUCAAAUCCUGUUGACAACACUGAAUAUAGUGACACACAGUUGGUGCAUGCCGUUAGAAAAGCGCUUGCAUCUGUCCAAAAUGGGGACACCGACCAUUAUACUCAGCUUAUUGGAAUGAUGAUGUACCCUAAAUAUUCUGAUUUCGAUUCAGUGGUGCAGCUUGAGACACUCUUGAAAGCUCUAUCAGGGUCUGUUGCUUGCAUAGAUGUAGUUCACCAUAGAGAUCUUCUUUCUACUAUUUUUACAAUGAGCUUGUGGGAUCACAGACCUAACGUUAUGGAUGCAUUGGUGGACUUAAUCAUAUCACUGGCCGUUACUAGUGGGAAAUAUCUGGACCUUUGUUUGAAUAUGCUCGUAAGUAAUUUCUUUCCACCUCCUUCUGUGACGGAUGAAAAGAAGCAGGAAGUUCGUUUGCGGGUGCAUGAAGCCCUUCACAAGAUUUCUUAUCUAAUUCCUCUUGCUCCCUCGAAAUUAGCGCCUAUACUUGCGCAGAGAAUGCCUAAAAUUCACAUUAAGGACCAGGACUCUUUGAUAGUGACAUGGACAUAUGUGGAUAACCUGUUGAAGUUGGAGAGUAGCCCAAUCGGAAAAGUUGUUGGCAGCAUGAUUUUUAUGGUGGUGAUGGAGAGGUUGCGAGAUUUGGAUUUGGAAAGUGGAUCGGAUGAUAUUCUCCAAGAUGACUCUAAUAUAGGCAUGUUUGAUAUGGAACUUGAAUAUGCAGUUGAAAGCACUAUGAAUGAAGGAGACGAGGUAAUUUUUGCUAUCUAUGCAGAAUUCCCAAACAUGACUCUAUAUAGUAAUGAUCGAGAGUUGCUAGAUUACAAGUUUCCACUGGGGGCUCUAUAUCAAAAUGCUUCACAUGGAAAUGUAGUCUCUGAUCUAUUGGACAAAUUGAUGGACCUAGCUUUUGAACAUCUCAAUUUCUGUCAUAACACUGGUCGUUUGGAUGAGGUUUUUGAAAUCCUCUUUGAGUCGUUUGAGAACUAUAUUCUGAACACGUGCAAAACAAAAUUUUCACAGUUUCUGAUGUUCUAUGCGUGCUCGCUAGAUCCUGAAAAUUGUGGUGUAAAAUUUGCCAGUAAGCUGUUGGAGAUAUAUCUCUCCAGCAACAAAACUCGACUUAAUAGGAUGAGUGCAGUGUCUUAUCUAGCUAGCUACUUGUCUCGUGGAAAGUUUUUGCCUCCUUCUUUUGUUGCUACCAUGUUGAAAAGAUUGGUGGACGAGUGUGCGGAAUAUUGCAGAACAUGCAACGAUGGUAUGAAGCCUAAAGCACACCAAGUGUUUUAUUCUGGAUGUCAGGCAAUCUUGUAUGUCCUAUGUUUCCGUAUGAGAUCCAUCCUAGACAUUCCUCGCUUUCAGUCGCUGCUUACACCAUUGGAGUCAACUUUAUGUCACAAACUAAACCCAUUGAUGGUGUGCCAUCCGUCUGUAGUUUCCGAGUUCCUUAAACAAGCGAAAGCUGGUGGUCUGUUUGUUGUCUCAGAAGCCUUCAAUUUCAAUGACCUACAGGAGUCUGAGCUCUCUCGUGCUUUUGGAAGCUUUGAAAGGCUUGAGCCGUUUAGCCCGUACUUGUUGAAAAUGUCUAGCAGACUAGAAGAUCUUAUCUCCCGGCACUUCAACGUCUGGUCAAUGCCGAAAACGACUUGUGACGAAGAUGAUGAGGUCAUAGUGAAUGAAGAUGGAGAGACUGAGGAGGACUGGGACGAUGAAGAUGAACUUGAUAAGGAGAUGUCUACUCCUAAAUACUCUUUCAUGCGAGACACAGAGAGGCUCUUGAAGAUGCCUUCAAGAAUCAUACCAUCCACUAGUCCUCCUGAAUCCUUCUUAAUGUAGUAGAGAGAAGAUGGAAUGCAAUUUUGCAAAUUAGGUUUCUUAUUACAAUUUCUUAGCUAGAUUGUGAAGUCUACAAAAUAAAAGAAGCUGGGAUAAUCAUAAUCAUCCAUGUGGUUUUGUAGCAAAAUUUUGAAGAACAUCUAUGAAGUAUUAUUGGUUUAA